AUGGAUAAGACAAAAGCCAAACAACCUCAAAGUAUAAGUACUAUCGCUAAAAUUUAUUUAAUAUCUUACAAUCUUUUUCUAGUAAUUGGGUGGAGUUAUAUUUUAUGUCUUCUCACGCGGUACUAUUUCACCAAUCAUUACAAGGGUCAAAGUCUCUGGGACACGGUUUUUUCGUCGUUGAUGAUUUAUCAAAAUGCUGCUGUUUUUGAAAUUUUACACGCUUUCACUGGCCUUGUAAGGUCGAACCCAGUGAUAACGACAUUCCAAGUUUUUAGCCGAGUCAUGGUAGUGGUAGGAGUGCUGCUAGUAACACCUCCAACAGCAGCAGCAGCAUCCACAGGCUUGCCUAUCGCAUUGCUAGCCUGGUCAGUCACUGAAAUAAUUCGGUACGGAUAUUACUUCACGAAUCUCGUAGGAUUCGUUCCGCAUUUUCUCGUAUGGUUGAGAUACACCACCUUCAUAUUCUUGUAUCCUAUUGGAGUUACUGGAGAACUCCUGUGCUUCUAUUCUGCCCAACAGUACGCUCAAAAGCAUCCCGAUGCGUGGAGUUACGCUCUUCCCAAUUCAUGGAACAUGACAUUCAGCUACCACUAUCUUCUCAUAGCAAUUAUGUUACUCUACAUUCCUCUAUUUCCUCAUAUGUACUUACACAUGUUUAGUCAGAGGAAGAAAAUUCUAGGACCAGGAGCCAAAGCCGGCAAAGCUCAUUAA